CAAAAUGACCUGCAGGAGAAGAAAAGGUUUUUGGAAGAUUAUGCUCAGGUGAAACUGGAGCUUGAGCAGCAGAUCAGGAAGCUGCGCGCCCUUGCAGACAAGAUUGACAAGGUGCACAGGGACUGCACCAUCACACAAGUGGUGGCCAAAUCUACCGGUGCUGUGUCCGGAGUCCUGACGAUCCUUGGUCUCGCUCUGGCACCUGUGACAGCAGGAGUCAGUCUGGGACUUUCAGCCAUAGGCUUGGGGCUGGGGGUGGCAGCAGCAGUGACUAGUGUUUCUACAAGCCUUGUGGAAAAGGUCAUCAUGGCGAAAGAGGAAGCUAAAGCCAGCCAGCUGGUGCCAACCAGCAAGGACCAAGAGGAGGUCAUUAAAGAAGUUUUGGAGGAGAGUACACCUGUGCUUGUUUCUGUAUAUAAGAAUUCCUUCCAGAACCUGGAAGACAUCAAGAAGAACAUUGAUGCCAUCAAGCUGGCCAAAGCCAACUCUCACCUAAAAACUAAUGCCAAGCGUCUCAUGACCACAGGGAGGGUGUCAGCUCAAAACACUAAAAAGGUAGAGAAAGCCUUUGGAGGCACAGCUCUGGCAAUGUCCAAAGGAGCCCGGAUCACGGGUGCAGCCACCACAGGUCUCUCCAUCCUGAUGGAUGUGGUCAGCCUUGUGGAAGACACAAAGCAUUUGCAGGAGGGUGCGAAGACAGAGUCUGCGGCAGAGCUAAGGCAGAAGGCUCAGAACCUGGAGCAGAAUUUGCAGGAGCUCAUCCGGGUCCAUGACAGCCUGACAAAGUGACCACUUCUUCAGUGCAGCUCAGAGGACUGGGGAUAGGGGAUGCUCUAGACACCUACCUGAUAGCCCCUGUCUGUAUCCCCUCUACAGCAAUGUCACCAUGGUGGAAGUGCCUGCUAGAGCGGGAGGCCACAUUAAGAGAAAGGAAGCCAGAACACAGAUGGGACAGGCUUGGGACCUCCCACUAGACUCCACCUCUUAGAUCCAGCAUCCUCCCAAUAUCCCACAUGAGGACUAAGCUCCCAAGCUGUGGUGCACAUCUAAGGUCUGACUUAACCUCAGCAUGGCUGCUCCUCAGUCAUGCCCACCACACUGCUCCUAGCUGAGGCUCAUCAUCCUCACUGUCCUCGGAGCUGCCAACUUUCAUACUGCUUUCUGAUUGGUUGCAUAGAGGCCUUAUUCUCCUUCCUAGAUCUGCCUAAUUCUCUGUUUUUCCAAGUAUUUCCAAGUCCUGCAAUCAGACUCUGGAAGGAACACCAUUUCUGUGUUCAUGAUUUUGGUCAUCUGGAGUGAUGGGUGUGUUGGUGAAAUGCUCAGAGAGUAGAAAGGGAAGGAUGCUGGGAAUGUCAUCUGCACGGUCAUCACAGCUUCUUGGUCCUGUGAGCCAGCCGUGGGUCCAACAAGGAAGGAGAGGUGACAGUGUAUGGCUGGUCAGUUCUGCUCCCUGCUACCAGAUUCGGGGAAAUCACAAGGUUUAAUUCCUAUUGACUUUUAAAAUCUGCUGUGAUACUCAUUCAGGGCUACACUUGGUCCGUAGUAUUUGAGGAGAAGACUAGUGAACACUGACUGAUCAUGCUUUGUGUGUUUUCUGCAAAUGAUAUCCUGUGUUUUCUAGAUUGUUGACUAUAAAGUUGAUCAUUUCCUCCUGAUUUUUAUCAUCUCCUCUUUUAAAACCUGUUUUCUUUCUUGUGGUUUAACAAGAAUAUUUGAAAUUUAGACAAGAAGCAUUUCCUUCUCUUUGCUGCCCUCCCCUUCUGGCCGCAGAUGCUCCCCUAGGCUGCAACACCGAGUGGUGUCCCCUCCUCCCUUACAGAUCAAGCGCCUUCCUCCCAAGUUCUCACCAAUGGAGACUGACAGAUGACCUGUGCAUAGCCUAGGUCUUGUCCUCUAGAGGAACUUUCUUGUGUUCCAAUGCCCCUUCUGUCCUUCCUAGACUGGAAUGUCUGCCUAAGGGAAAGCUGGAUGUGGACAGAACUAUCUCCCUGGGAUGCAGAGCAGGAACAGAACGGAGUCCUGGAAAAACUUAGGAAAGAAAGCUACCUGUGUCCUGAGCUGCCUAGCAACUUGCUCCUAGUGUCCAAGUUGAGUCCUCUCUACUGUUGAGCCCAUGUGCUGUGUUGGUGAACUCUGUGCCAGCUGCUCAGCAUCUGUCCCUUAACUAACUCAAGAGCCAUCACCAGAGCUCACCACACCCUUGACCUUGAACCCUGUACUCUUUCCUGACUGUCAGUCUGGCCCUUUGGGACAUCAUUUAUUGAAGAGUCUGUCCCUUUGUCCUUGCACUCCUCCAGGCUCUCAGGCCUCUGUGAACCACUGCACCACAGCCCUUUGAAUGAAUGACCACUAGGUGUCCAGUGCUCAGUGUCCAGAUAGAUCCCUGCAGCCUUCCAGUCCAGGGCCACCUCACCCCCACAGUUCUGCCCACCUAGGAACAAACCUUCCUUUAUGAAGGAGACAAACAAGCCAUGGUGAGUGUGGGGGGAGAAUGGAAACGGCCUAUUGUCACUUCUUGUAGAUACAGCAUUACUUUAUGGGUGUUGAAGUUAUCCUAGUAGGCACCAGAAUACUUGAAAAAAAGAGGUACAUCUAAAAAGAACUUAAAAUGAAUUUAUGUGAUGUAAUAAUGUGUCUCAAGUUUUGAAGUUGCUCUUAACAAAAGAAAAGGCUAUGGAAAGAGACUAGAGAAGUCUCAGAGAUAAGUAGAGGCCCCUGAAAUGGACAAGAGAGAUGGACAGUUUGUAAAGAAGAAAAGUGCUGAGGAGGGGCUGUGACCAUGUCUGUCCCUGACAAACACAAGUGACAGACAACAGGACUGUGUCUGUAGCUGCUGCCUCUGGAGGGGUACUGCAUUCAGUUCAGUCUCUGAGGGUGUCCUGGGAUAUGGGCAAGACUAGGAGGGUCCUCAUUUUGAGCUGUGAUUCCUCAGCCACAAAUAAGGGAAGAAUUAAUGGUGUCCACACCAUUGCAGAUGGAUGUCAAUAGCACGUGCUUAGUCAAAACAGAGCCAGUUGUAAUGGGUAUAACAUCUGUGAUUUCUGUUAUGAAAAUAAACUAUGAAAUGAACA